AUGCCGGAUACCUUGUGUACAGUGCUACAUGCCUUCUUAAGCGUCUUCAUCCCAUCAUCCAACCUCUUGGUGAUCAUAGUCAUCUGUCAGCUGAGAAAGAAGAAACCAAGCAGAAAUUAUGUCUUCAUCCUUAACUUGGCAGCUGCUGAUCUGCUGGUUGGUGUGAUGUGCAUUGGGGAAGCUUUGGAUGAUGCAACAGAUGCACUAUUUGACCGAAAUCUGUUUAUUUGUCUCUUGCGGAUCUGCAUGAGCAUCACUCCUUGCAUUGGGUCCAUUCUCACCUUGCUUUUGGUUUCUCUGGACAGGUACUUGGCAGUGAAGCUGCCUCUUCAUUACCCUACACUUAUGAGCAAGAAACCUAUAGUCUUCUCUCUUGUUGUCCUGUGGACGGUUUCCUUCUUGGUAGGACACAUGCCACUUAUUUUCUCACAACUGCAACAAAGUGAAUUCUCAGGUAGCUGUGGGGUCCUGGCAGCAGCCAAGAGUGACUACCUGUACAUAAUCUGUUUUGGCAUCUAUAUCCCUGCCUUGCUGACCUUGGUCUGUUUACAUAUCUCGGUGGGGAGGAUUGCUUAUCUUCAUCAGAAGCAGAUCCAACGUGUUUGCUUGCACCCAGAUACCCCUACUGCUCCUCUCCGCCAUUUCAAAGCUCUGAGGACAGUCCUCAUUGUGAUUAUCUGUUUUGUCCUCUUCUGGAGCCCUUAUUAUGUAGCUGCCAUUGUGAAAGCUACUUGUACCUCCUGCAUCCUGAGCUCACGGCUGAAGGAUUUGUUAUACAUUUUAGGAGAAGCCAAUUCUCUGAUAAAUCCUUUUAUCUAUUCGCUAUACAGCAAGGAUAUAAGAACCCAGUUGGUCAAAAUGUUGAAGUGUAAGGGAAAGGGACAAAUAAAACCCCACAGGUCUAACAGGUUGGCAGUGACCCAUUUCAACAUCAUAAACCAAAGUGACUUACCCUGCGGAGGAAAUUCAUCUGGGGAUCAACUGCCUAAAUCUCCUCCCUUCAACAGUUUCAGAGGAGUGCUCACCAUUUCUUGA